AUGACCAAGAAAUCAUCCACGCCGGGAGGGGCUGACCGCCUCGGUGCCCUUCCUGAUGAACUGCUCCACCAUGUGAUGUCCUUCCUCCCCGCGCAUGACGUGGUGUCGACAUCCCUGCUUGCCUGGCGCUGGCACGAUCUCUGGAAAUCUGCCCCUGCCCUACGUGUCACCAGUGCCAAGAGCUGCAACAACCCCCUAUGGUUCAUUCGUUUCGUCGACAACCUGCUCCUCCUCCGCGACCCUGGAGCCCAACUGGACUCGUUCGUGAUUGAUCUCGAGGAGUGUGACUUCUACUUCAAGCCAUUCCUGCCCGCCUAUGAAAGGAGUGUGAACCUGUGGUUUCGGCUUGCGCUGCUAAGCCAAGCUCGGGUACUCUCGCUGCGCACAUCCCAUGGCAUCUACAUGUACAAGGAGGAGAGCUCGCCUUUUGAGCUACCGGAUGUGCCCAUCAUCUCAAAGCACCUAAUAACAAAUUGCAUCUUGCACGUGUCACUCUACGGAGCAGCACUCUCGAUUUUUCAGGCUGUCCAGCGUCUCAAGAUGGAUAGGCAUGGUUUCUUCGCCUAG